CGACAGCUGGCCGCUAACAAUCCCAGCUGAGACUCCGGCGCGCCAUGAUGUCAGCGCCAACAUCUCGAUUCCGUCAUCUCCAACAUCAGGAGCACCACCAGAGCCACCAGAGCCACCAGAGCCCCCAGGUCCACCACAUCCACCAGGUUCACCUAAUCCGCGCGAGCCACCUCGUCCGCAUGGGAGCCAACAUUCUCAGCCGACGGCAAUGGUGCCUCUGUCUGCUGAUUAUCAUGACGACGCUUUGCAGUGCCGUAUCGGUGACCUCAGGAACAUCUGGCAACAGUCGCCGUCGUGCGGGAGGUUCGGGAGCAGUGUCCUCUUUGGAGGACACUGGGGAGAAGGCGUUUCCCGAUCAACUGGCCCUGGCAGCAAGUCGUAGAGGCUCCGACGAUCGUGGUUACUCCAGGCGGGGAUCAGUGAUACAUAGCAGAUCAAAGGAGACGCCCAGUAAAGAUUACAGCUUUGGUCAGGUGGAAUUGAAUCUCGUUCGCCCAGAGCACGAAUCGCAUCCGAAGCUCAUCCUGAGCACCACAACCGCAGCAUCCGGAUCCGGAUCCGGAUCCGGAUCUGGAGCAUCUGUCAACCUAGAGGACUCGCAAUCGGCAGCCGAGUAUGUGGCCAAUGCCAUCAAGUUGGCCUACAAACAGCCACCGACUCAGCUGAAAAGUCAAAACCCAAAUCACAGCCCUAACAUUAACCACAUCCAGGCGCAAAAGGAGCAGCAACCUUCCACCCAGAGAAGUUACCAGGAACAGCGACGGGACAGGGAGAUUCUGGAGCUGCAAUUGCAGAAGGAACUGCAACAGCAGGCCCUCAUCCUGUCUGCCGGAAACUCGUCGCCACCCUCCUCCCCUGGAUCGUCGUCCUCCUCUUCCCCGCCGUCGCCCGCCCUGGCACCUGCUCCCGUCUACGAAAAGGAACCCGUUACGCGGAGCUAUGAGCUCUACGAGCACUCAACCGAAGCCGAGUCCCAUGUCCAGGCCCAAGAGCAAGACAUCGAACGCCACUAUCGCCCCAAGUACAGCAAUAACUACAACAACAACAACUACGCCCCCUAUCAGCCGCCGCAAAUUUACAGAAAUCUCGAGGCCGAGGCCGAGGAAAAAGUCAGGGUCUCUGCCUCGACGGAGAUUCCCAAAUCGGAGAUUAUGAAGCAGAUUGAGAAGUCCGUGAUCAAGUACAUGAAGGAACUAGAGGCCGAAGGCAAAAUCAUAAGUACGCCCCAAGAGCCGGCCACGCCCCCUCCACCACCGCCGCCUCCACCGAUCACCAAGACCUACUACAAGUCGCAGACGCUCUCAUCUGGUAUUCACUCCGGUUCCAUUCCCUCCUCGCACUCGCACUCGCACUCAGAGGAGAAGCGCUACAGCAGCAGUACAGUGAGGCCCAAGUACACGGCACCACCAACGACGAAACAACAACAGCAGCAGGUGCACCACCACCAACAACAGGUGCUCCACCCACAGCACCACAGCCACCAAAUAGCCGGAAAACUGAGGGGCUCUUCGUUGGCGCUAACGAAUUCGAAGCCCAUUCAGCACUUUCAGUCCGAAACGGAAACGGCAUAUCAGGCGCCCGAUUUGCCCGUCGACGAACUCAGUCCAAACGUGGAGUUCAUUUACAAGAUCAAGACGCGAGCUCCCCUGCAAACGGCCACAGUGAAGACUGUCUCGAAGCCCUACACUUUGCCUCUGAAGAGUGCUGAGCACUUUGACCACGGUGCGGCCCUGAAGAACAUCGAAGAAUUCGAUCUAUCCCACGUGGUUCCCACUCCAGAUCGAGUGGAACGGGAGCGGGAGCGAGAACGGGAGAGGGAAAGGGACAGGGAGCGUGAUUCGCGGGAAGACCAGGAGAGGCUUACAAACUCGGGCAAGCCGCAAAAAUUGUAUUUUAAUUCGGAAAUCUAUCACGACAUCAAUGCGUUGCCCUACAAAAGUAAGGAGGCAGCUCUGCAGGAAUAUCGCCACAAGCUCAAGGCGUCAUCCGGGUCAUCCGGGGAACUGCAUCCGGAUUACAAGGGCUACUCCGCAUCCGGUUACUUUGCCGAGCCGGAAGCAGAGGUGGAGAAUGAAUCGAAGCUAGUCCUAAACGAAGAGGGCUAUCCCUAUCGUUAUGUGCUCAAGAAGGAAACUCUGCUGGAUGAUCAUGACCCCUGGCUGUCCCACACACACGGCCACGCCCACCAGCACGCCCACGGCCACGCCCACUCGCACAGCAACAGCAACAAGCACCCGAGCCUCGAAUACGACAGCUACAGUCCGAAGUUCAACAACAAUCCCGAGGGCUACGGCUAUCAGCACACGUACAAGGUCAGAGGUCAGUCGGGCGGCGGCGGCGGGUCGGGGGGCGUGGCUGGAAUAGGCGGCGGCACGGCGGCAGGAGGUGGAAAGCGGGGAAAACGGGGAGGAGGCGCUCAUCCCAGGCAAGAGGCGAUUAAGAAGCAACUGCGCUCAUCGGAGGUCAAGGACUUGGAAGCCAGUUUGGCUUUGAGGCCACCGCCCAAAUAGUAAUCCCCUUUUCCCCUCCCCAUUCCCCUUCCCUUGAUUAAUCGAACCACCCUCAUAGCUUAUUUUAUGCCAGAACUUCGUGCAUGCUUCAUUGUAUAUGCUAUUGUCUUUUUUUUUUAGAAUCUAAGUGUAAGUACGAUUAUUUAUUGUAUGGCCCACUGCUGUAAGCGUAGCCAACUAAAACAAACGAUAACAAAUUUCGCCAAUAAACAAAUAAAUGAAAU